GAUGAAGAUCAGUGUGCACAUGAUCACAUCUACACAUUGACGAUCGAUUGCUUUGGGCUGCCAUUUGUCUUUCACCAGGAAGUAGCUCACUGUUUCUGUUUGGAGCUAGCAUGAGCUCAGGUGCUUGCUAGUAGCAGCAGGCUUUUCUGUGUAGAGUGACGUCUCUGGUCUCAGGGAGCUAAAGUUACACAAAACAUGAACGACACACACAACGGAGACGUGUUUGAGGCCAUUACGGUGCACAACUUCUCGGAGAGGAUUCUGGAGCAGGUCAUACACUUCCACGUGAUGAAGCUCAGCGGAGGGUUCUUCCUGUGGGUCGGGUCCAGUCCGGUUCUGUCCAACCUGGCGGUCUCGAUGAGCAGCAGAUACGAUUCGAUGCCUUUAUCUACAUUAGUCAUGGGGGACCCAUCCAAUACCGCUUCAAAUUCCUUGGCACAGAGAUUAGCAAAGAAGACCAAAAAGCAAAUCUAUGUGAGUUACAGUCUUCCAAUGACGGACUCCAACUUCAGUCUUUUGGUGGAGAACAGGAUCAAAAAGGAGUUGGAGCUUCACCCUGAACACUUUUGAACUCAUCUGAUUGUUAAUUGGACUCUGUUUUGUGUAGAACCAAGCACAUGUAGGAAGAGGGGCCACAUAAAGUAGCAGGUGCUUCUUCUCCUUCUUCUAUUUGGACUUACAUACUCCUGCAGAUACUGUAAUGGCACUCCCAACAAAAAUACCACAAACUGUCACAUCAAGUGUUCUUUUAUUGACAUAAUAAAUUAAAUGGUUUAUUAUCAAAA